AUGCAAAAUUGCAAGGCAACUAACACUCUAGUUGCUGUUGGAGAAAAAUUGUCAAGCCAAGGUGAUUUUGAGAAAGUGAGUGAAUCAACCUAUAGAAGCUUGGUGGGAUGUUUGUUCAACUUAAUAGCCACAAGAUCAGACAUAAUGUAUGUAGUUAGUCCCUUAUCCAGGUUCAUGCAUUGCUGCAACAUUAACCACUUUCAAGUUGCAAAGAGAGUACUGAGGUACAUCAAGGGAACUCUGAACUUUGGAGUCAUGUUCACCAGAGUUGAAAGGAUGAAGCUUCUUGGUUUUGCAGAAAAUUACUGGGCAGGAUCGAUAGAUAAUAUGAAAAGCACCUCAGGGCAUCUGUUUACCCUUCGUUCAACUGUUUUCUUUUGGAGCUCAAAGAAACAAUCCAUUGCAACUCAAUCAACAGUUAAAGCAAAAUAUGUAGCAGAUCUAGGAGUCAUUAACUAA